UUCUUUUGUGUUAGAAAUCUUGUUAUUUGUUUUUGUUAUUGUUAUUAUUAUGCAAAGGGUUAGGAUGGCAUCAAAUCAAUCAUUAGUACAUAAGUUAGGUGAUUCACAAAUAAAAGUAACUCCUAAGUUUAAGUUAGUUGAUUAUAGUUGUAAUAUUAAAGAUCAUUUGUUAGAGCUAGAAGAAUCUUGUUUGUAUAAGCCUUUGAUUCCUGGACUUCCUGAUGAUAUAGCUUUAAGUUGUUUACUCCGGUUGCCGGUUGAGUUUCAUUCAUCUGGCCGGAGUGUUUGCCGCCGGUGGUGUAGUUUGUUUGGUGAUAUGGGUAGGUUUUUUACUUUAAGAAAAGAGAUGGGGUUUCAAGAUCCAUGGUUGUUUGUGUUUUGUUUUAAUAAGUUUAGUGGAAAGAUUCAGUGGCAUGUUUUUGAUCUUGUGCAUCUUUCUUGGCAUGCUAUUCCGGGCAUGCCUUGGUUGGAGAAGGUUUGCCCACAUGGGUUUAGGUGUGUUUCGGUCCCCGGAGACGGAUCGGUGUUCGUCUCUGGCGGGCCGAAUAGUUUGGUGUGGAAAUUUGAGGUUCGGUUGAAUAGUUGGGGUGUUGUGAAGAAAAUGAUCACUCCUAGGGCGUUUUUCGCGAGUGGGGUUAUUGAUGGGAUGGUUUAUGUAGCCGGAGGGAAUAGUAGUGAUGGGUUUGAGCUUGAUUCGGGUGAGGUUAUGGACCCGAAAGAUGGUUUAUGGCGCCCGAUUAGUGAUAUGGGUGCGAGCAUGCCCUGUUAUGAUUCGGCCGUGCUUGAUGGGAAGCUUUAUGUGACUGAAGGUUGGUUUUGGCCGUUUUAUGUGGUACCGAGGGGUCAAGUGUACGACCCAAAGACAGAUAGUUGGGAACGUAUGGCGAUGGGGCUUCGAGAAGGGUGGACCGGCUCGAGUGUGGUGAUGUUCGGGCAUUUGUUCGUGGUGUCCGAGCAUGAGAGGACAAAACUUAAGGUUUAUGACUCGAGAAAUGAUGUAUGGGAAACUGUUGAUGGAUCUCCAUUGCCGAAACAAUUAUGCAAGCCGUUUGCAGUGAAUGGCUACAACAAUAAGAUCUAUGUGACCGGAAGAAACCUUGAUGUUGCGAUUGGGUUUAUCCACCGUUUGCAUUCCAAUUCAACCGAUAAAGCCACAAACUUUUCAGUUCGAUGGCAGGUUGUAGAAGCCCCACCGGGCUUAUCUGACCUGACACCUACAAGUGCGCAAAUUUUGUUUGCGUGACAAACAAUGUAUUUCAAUAUUUGUAUGUAAUGAUGUUAUGUUUUGUAACCGUGUGAAGAAAAGGAAAAAUGUAUAUAUACUGCCAAUACCAA